AUGCUCUACUCUAUAGUCUAAACAGAAAGCGGCAAGCAAAAUCGGUCGACAGCAAACAAAGACGCGUUGAUGGAAUGAAGCAGAUGGCCGGCGAUGACGUUCGCAGAGUCUGCGAAGGGUGCAGAUCACGUGGGGCGAUCCGGGGUAGCUCCUCUCAGUCUAGACCAAGAAUGGACACUCAGAUCGACUGCUUCCACUUUUCUUCUUCCUGGUAACGCUUUGUUCCUUGUCUCGACGACAAUAUCCUGCAUCAUCUAUUCUGGUCUUCUGACCAGUCAGUGCCAUCCGAUUUACUUCAACCUCCCUCAAUCAUGUGGCUUCAAUGACUGCUCCAGCAAUUCGGAUUCCCUUCACGGGCCCUCUACCUCCGCCGAUUAUUGUCCCUCCGUCCGCACGCACGGUCGCAGGUGCCAUUGAUGCGCUCUUAACCUUUUUGACGGCCCCUCCGUCGCCGCAUCUGCGCGGCGUUGAUGUAGGCAGGCAUUCCCAGACGGUGCUCUUGACAGGCGCUGGCAUCUCGGUAGCUUCAGGCUUAUCCGACUAUCGGGGGGAGAAUGGCACGUACAUCACAAACAAGACGUAUCGACCGAUCUACUACCACGAGUUCGUCGCUCGCCAUGAGUUUCGCAAGCGAUAUUGGGCGCGGAGCUUCAUUGGGUGGCCGGGACUCCUGAAGGCGAAGCCAAAUUCGACGCACUGGGCUAUAAAAGACAUUGGUACGAAAGGCUAUAUUAGUUCAGUGGUGACCCAAAAUGUCGACUCCUUCCAUUCUGUCGCACAUCCCGAGCUGCCCACUCUCGAACUCCAUGGCUACUUACGUUCUGCGGUCUGCAUCAAUUGUCGAACUGAAGUUCCGCGGGACGAAUUUCAGCAGUCGCUUGAGAGACUCAACCCUGCCUGGGCAGAGUUUCUCAAGAAAAUGGUCGAUAUUGGUGCGCUGAAUGCGGACAACCCUGAGGAGCAGAGACGGAGGGGCUUGAAAAUCAACCCGGAUGGCGAUGUAGAUUUACCAGAAGCCCCUUACUCGACCUUUCGGUAUCCAGCAUGUCCAACCUGUUUGGAAAAGCCACCCCGGCUGCAAGACGGGUCCCAAUCCCGGGUGGAGGUAGAGCGAGAUGGGGCUUGGCUUCCAAUUUCUACAGCGGGAAUUCUGAAGCCGGCGGUUAUUAUGUUUGGAGAGAAUAUCGACCCAGCCGUCAAGGUGGGUGCAGAAGAGGCCAUCGACGAUGCGGGCAGACUCCUUGUCCUGGGCAGUAGUCUCGCCACAUACUCAGCAUGGCGCCUAGUGGAACGGGCCUAUAAGCGAGGGAUGCCAAUCGGCAUCAUCAAUAUAGGAGGUGUCCGGAAUGAGUCGAUCCUCUUUAGCAAGGCGGAGCAAGAAACGGAGGCUGUAUGCCGGCAUGUCCGUUGCAGUCUCCCGUCCCAGGACAUUCUAGGCCCUGUGGCAGCACAACUGCCUUCACUUACUCGUCAUUAGUGUCUUUGUAUAGAUUAAAGAGGAUGUGAUGUAUAGAUGACGGUGAGCUGUAUGAC